AUGUCGUUCAGUGGAACCCAACAGAAAUGCAAGGCCUGUGAUAAGACUGUUCAUUUCAUUGACCAGUUAUCUGCUGAUGGUGUCACAUACCAUAGGCCCUGCUUUAAAUGCAGUCAUUGCAAUGGACAACUUUCGAUGAGUAGCUACUCCUCCAUGGAGGGAGUAUUGUACUGCAAGCCCCAUUUCGAGCAACUCUUCAGGGAGUCUGGAAGUUUCUCUAAGAAACUUACAUGUGGAAAGUCACAAACUGAAUUGGGUAGGACCCCUAGCAAACUGUCCUCAAUGUUCUCUGGGACUGUAGACAAAUGUGCAGUCUGCACCAAAACUGUGUAUCCACUAGAGAAGGUUACUAUGGAGGGAGAGUUUUACCACAAGUCAUGCUUCAGGUGUAAUCAUGGGGGUUGCUUCCUCUCACCCUCAAACUGUGCUGCUCUGGAUGGCAUUCUUUAUUGCAAGCACCACUUUGCCCAACUGUUCAAGGAGAAGGGCAGCUACAACCACCUCACCAAGACUGCUUCAGUCAAGAAAAAUGGAGCUCCAAUGCCCGAAAUGAAACCCGAGGAAGCCGAUUCAGGGAAGGGACAAGAAGUAGCAGAAGAACCAAAACAAGAAGCAGAGGCAGGAGAAGCAGAAGCAGCACAGGAUUCAGCCCCACAGGGGCAAUCAUGA